AUGGACCUUGCACACACCCAAGGCCCAUCCCGCAAAGUCCCUGCGAAACGGGCUUCGUUAGCAUGUGUGGCCUGUCGCGCUGCACAUGUCAAGUGCAAUGCCAAAAGACCCUGCAAUCGGUGUUCCGUCGAGGGCACCGAAUGCCUCUAUGCCAAAUCUCGACGGGGAGGGCUGAACCGGGCUGCUUUGGCGGCACGACGGAACCUGAUGGCAGCCAUUCCUUCUGCUCCCACGGCGGAGUCGACCACUGUGCAGGAUCGGCUGGAGAAAGGAGAGGUCUCUGCCUCGUCUGAGAGUGAACAGAGAAAUACAAGAACCUCUCUGCCCAUGGGGGCAUCGAGUGCGCAGCUUCUCGACACCUCAGGUUCGACCCUCGUCAGUCUCGCCAAAGAUCCGCUCGUCGAUCUCUACUACAGGCACUUCCACCUGUUCCAUCCCCUGACUAUCCCUCUUCCACACCUCGAGAGAUUGUUGGCGGCGGGAACCACCAAGCUGAACUUUCACCCAUUGUUAGCCGUCAUGCGUUUCAUCGGCUCACUCUACUCUCGCUCAGUCAAUUCCAACGAACUAAAAGCUGCUGCCGCCAAUGCCAUCCUCGAAGAGUCGUCGCAGGCCCUACCAAGCCCCGUUAUGGCACAAUGUUAUCUCCUGCAGUCUAUCUCCCUUCAUUGGUGCGAUGAGUUGGAGCGGGCACAAGAGACGAUGGACGCGGCAAUCCGGAUCGCGCUUCAGCUUUCCAUGAACCAGGCCGAUUUCGCAGUGAACCACAGCGAGGGUGACCCCGUCAUCGAAGAGAGCUGGAGGAGGACGUGGUGGCAGAUCUACAUCAUAGACGCCCACUACGCAGCCAUCCGGCACGCAAUGACCUUCCCGACCAACGAGGUGGACAUUACGACCGAACUGCCCUGUGACGAGGAAGAGUACGAGUCUGGGAACAUUCCGGCUCCAAAGACGCUUGCCGAGUUUGAUUCCCGCGAAUUCGCCUCGGACGACCUCGUCUUCUCAUCUUUUGCUUAUCUCAUCGGCGCCGUCCGCGGGAUCGCAUCGGCAAUCAGCAGAUUCUUGACAGGUGUGGCCAAGACGGGCGACUCGUUGAAUGUCCUCGAGGUCGUCGAUGCCGCCAUUGAUGGGUGGUUGCUCCUGUUACCAGAAUCUAAGAAGGUCCCAGUGUCUGCUAGAGGCGAGACGGACGAACACAUGUUCCAAGCACAUAUGGCGAUUCAUGCGGCUUCCGUGGGACUCCACAGACCGUUGUCAGAGCUUUCCUACGAUUCUCUGGAGUAUCUGUCCAGCUGUUCACCCGCUCCUCCCGAAAUUUCGUCUUCGCUCGAGCAAUCGUUCCGGGGCAUUCACACAACCCGCUGUCUCAGGUCUAUAGAUUGUUUAGUGCGACUUCUCGCCGUUUCUACCAAGCCCGCAUACCAUACGCCGUUCACGGUCUGCAUGGUCUCCUCGGUUAUUAUCGCACACUUGUCUGCGUGCAAGCUUCUUUUAUCCGGGCCGAAACUGGAUGUGGCUCGCGACCAGAUUCGGAUGUGCAUAGGCUGUCUGCGGUCUUUUGCUGGUGUAUGGCCACUGGCCAGCAGGACUCUGCACGAGAUUCAGACUAUUGCAAGAGAAGUAUUGGGUCUCAAUCAACCGCAGCAGAGGAUCGAAUCAGUGGACCCAAGCGUGGCGGAUGUCAGCUCCUACCAAGAGGGCACAAUUGCCACGGAGACUCUGGGCGGCUUCCUGAACUACCUUAACUUUGACGACUUGCAGCUGUCCUCGUUAUCGUGGUUGCCCGCCGGCGGAUAA